AUGGCCGGUCAGUCAAAGCCGGUGCGUCUUUCGCCCUUGCAAAGCGCUAUCGCAGGAGCCACAGGAGCUGUACUGGCAAAUGCAUUAGUAUAUCCAUUGGACAUUGUAAAAACCCGGCUCCAGGUCCAAAUUAAGCCUUCAAAAGUCGAAAACGGUCACGUACCCGGCGGCGACACAGUCCACUACGAUUCGACGAUAGACGCGCUCAACAAAAUCGUAGCUGAUGAGGGUAUCAGCGGUCUCUAUGCGGGCAUCCAUGGCUCCCUUCUUGGCGUAGCGUCGACCAACUUUGCAUAUUUCUACUGGUAUACGAUCGUACGAACGGUCUACAUGUCGUCGGACCGCUUUCAGAAACCUCCGGGUACCGCCAUUGAACUCACCCUUGGAGCCGUUGCCGGUGCGAUCGCACAGGUUUUCACAAUCCCCGUCUCCGUCAUUACAACCAGACAGCAAACACAGCCCAAAGGGGAGAAAAAGGGGUUAUUUGAUACGGGGAGGGAAGUCAUUGACAGUGAGGACGGAUGGAGUGGACUGUGGAGAGGCCUCAAAGCCAGCCUUGUCCUUGUGGUCAAUCCCGCCAUUACAUACGGAACUUAUCAGAGACUAAAGGACAUCUUAUUCUCUGGCAAGGCCAGUCUGAAACCGUGGGAAGCUUUCCUUUUGGGCGCCAUGUCUAAGUCUCUCGCGACAAUCGCAACCCAGCCAUUGAUCGUGGCCAAAGUCGGGUUACAGUCCCGACCACCAGCCAUCAGACAAGGCAAACCAUUCAAGACUUUUGGCGAGGUGAUGAAAUAUAUCAUCGAACAUGAGGGGCCACUCGCGUUGUUUAAAGGAAUUGGUCCUCAAAUAUUGAAGGGUCUGCUGGUUCAAGGAUUUUUGAUGAUGACAAAAGAGCGGGUUGAACUGCUCUUCAUUCUCCUCUUCACAUACCUUCAGAAGCUCAAACAGUCCAGACUAAAGAAGGCUAUUGAGCAAUCAGCGGAGAAGGCAGCCCAGAAGGCGAAGGCCUCUCUCCCCGUAACACUGAAAUAGGCGUGUUCAUUUUAUCCGUGGCGUUCAUACAUCUAUACCUAAAUUAAAUGUACAAAAAUUCCCAUCUUGUCCUUUUUCUGUGUGAUACGUACACGUUUAUUGAUUUUUCCUCUUUCUUUUCGUUUUCAUUUCAUAGAUGGUGGGCUUUUUGUGAUAUACAAUGAAAUGUAGCACAUAGUGGGAAGCUUGUGUUGGGACGAUUUCUUGCAUAUACAUGUGAUAUUCUUUCAACUAUGGAUCUCAUUUUGAAAUUUUUU